UUUUUUAAAUGUUUUAAACUUUUCAAACUGAAUAAUCUAAAAGCUGCAGUAAUUUUGAAUGAAAAUUUAUUUUUCCGAACUUUAAACUGAUGCACAAUGUACGAAACAAAUUUGAUAGCAGAAAGAAAUCCUGAUUUUAUACGUUAUUUACUGAAAUAGUGCCAAGGACGGGCACGCAAUUAUUUAUGCUCAAAAUAAUAGUCUAAAUUCAUUAUCAAUUAUUAUAUUCAAAUUUAUUCAGAAAAAAUUGAAGAAUUUACAAUUGUAUUUAUUUUGUAGCAUUUAUAUUUUGAAAUUUGUUGUCUUUUUUUUUUAUCUUCGUAGUUGCUAAGUGACAGUUUUAUUUCAAUGUUAAUCUUCACAUAUAUAUGUUAGAAAAUGGCAUCUGUUACUGAAAUAAAGAAUUCCAUUUCAACAUCAGAACAAGAGGAGGCUUCUCAAGAAACAAUUCGAAGAGUAGUAGAAGAAGGCCUUGAAGCUAGGAAUUUACUUAAUUUUAUUGCCGAUGGAUCUAUUGCUGAUGCAAAAGUGACAAAAAAGCCACCUUCAUCUCCAAGACCACAGUCUGUGUCUCCUAAACCUCCAACAGUUGAAACUAAAGGAAUAAAUGCUCAUCUUUUGCAUCGAACUGGUAAGCGAAGAACUACACUGUCUCGUCCAAAGAGCAGGCUACGCUCUGCUUCUGCUGGGAGAAAUCCCGAGAAAGAUCUGAGAGCCCGAUAUUGGACUUUUUUGUUUGAGAAUUUGCACCGGGCUGUUGAUGAAAUAUAUCAGACCUGUGAAAUGGAUGAAAGUAUUGUUGAAAGCAAGGAAGCUAUAAUGAUGCUUGAAAAUUAUAGUAAAGACUUCCAUGCCCUCAUUCAAUAUAUCAAUAUAAAUAAAGAUUAUGAGAAGACUGAUCCACCCAAUAGGCCAACAUCUUUAGCUUGGGAAGUGAGGAAAUCUUCUCCUGGCAAAUCACUGUUGAAGAAUGUCUUCAUUGAGAAGCUCACUGCUGGGAGCAAAGCUAAGAGACUUCUUUGUUUUGAGACAACUAAUGAUUUCACUUCAAGCCCUAAAGUAGAAAGCAUUCUAAUACUACCAGAAAAGGCUAACUCUAUGGGUUUCAGUUUUGGUUUUCAGCAGAGUGAUUUUGAGACCAAAUUAGAUGAAAUCAAACCUCUUGAUCUCUCACAUGAAACAAAAAAUGAUUGUGACAUUCAGAUAUCUGUCAUACCUGAGUCAGUGGAUCCCAAUUUUCCAUGCAAUAAGGAUUUAAUUGUGAAUGAGGUGCGUGGUGAAAAGUCAGAGAUACCUUCCUCAACAAUUAGCAUUAAGAAAUCUUAUUCUAAUGUGGAAUUGUGUUCUGAUGUGAAACAUAAAUUGUUCUCUGAAUCUGUUUCUGGAGCUAAUGUGUCUAACAAAAGUUUGGCCAUCUUAGAUGAAGAAACAACCAAUUUAAAGGGUGAUUCAGUCACUGAAAAAAUCAGCUCCAUUGAACAUUCUGCAGCUACAAAACUUAAUUCAGUUAAAGAAACGGCUAUACAAAAAAUUAAUUUAAAAGAAAGUACUGCAACUCAAACAAUCAAUUUAAAUGAAAAUUCUGCAGCUGAAAAAGUAAUUUCAAAAGACAAUUAUUCAGCUCAAAAAACCAAUUAUCCACAAGAUUCUGCAUCUGAAAAGAUCAGUUCAAGAAAAGAUUCUGCAUCUGAAAAGAUCAGUUCAAGGAAAGAUUCUGCAACUCAAAAAAUCAUUUCAAAACAAGAUUCCUCAAUUUGUAAAAAUGAUUUAAAACUAAAUUCUUCAUUUAAGAAAAUCAAUUCAAAACAAGAUCCUUCAAUUCAAAAAGUUGAUUCAAAUCAAAAUUCUACUAUUAAAAAUGUGAUUCAUAAAGAAAAAUCAUUUUGCGAAUCAAAAUCACAAGUGUCAGAUCCAAGCAUAUUGCUUAAAAGAAGUCGAAGCUUGAUAGGGGAUUCUGUUACUACAAAUAAAGUAGUCUCAAACAAAGCUGAUUUAAAAGUUUUGUCAAGAAAGACAACUUCAGCAGCACCUGGUUCUGUAAAAGAUAAAAUGGUCACUAAUAAGAAUAGGCAAAAUGGGGCUAACGGUGGAAAAAAUUCUGUGCAAGAAAGCAUUCCUGUUGAAACUUCCACAUCUUCUAAUGCUUCUAAAAUCAAUCCUAAUGCUUGCAAAGAAUCUGUGUGCUCUAUACUAUCAAAAGAACAAGAAGUCAAGAAAAUGAGUGGCCCAAAACCAUCAUUAAAUAAUACCAAAAUUUCUUCUAUUGAUAACAUAAAACAACCUGUGAAGAGUUUCAAUUCCGUGGUGAAGUCUGAAUCUGCUAGAUCCAGUUGUGUAAAGAAUAAUGAUGAUAAAUGUGAUAAUAUUAUCGAUAAGAAAAAGCCUGUUAAACCUAAAAGUGCAGAAUCAGCUAUACAGAGAAAUAUAUCGUAUGUGUCCACCCUGAGUUCAAGAAAUCAAAAGGAAAAAAUUAUUAAUGAUACAAAGAAGCCUGUUCGUCCUAGCACAUUAAGACUUACUCAAAAGAGUGGCUCUAUGAUAUCUCUAAAUAAAACAGUUGGCACGCAAAUGCUUGUUCGGAAAACAUUAAGUGUAGAAAAAAUUCCAGAAGCUGUUAAAUCGAAAACUGAUGAUGAUUCUGAUGGAUGGGAAAUGGUGCGUGGGCGUAACAGGAGUCGAAACUCACCAGCCAAGAAAAUACCUUUCGCCUCCAAAAACCAAGAAAUACAAGCUGUCCAAAUCGCUAAACUUAACCAAUCUAGAAUAGGCGGAUUUCCUUAUACUAACAAAAGCAAUGUGAAAACAUCUACAAAAACACCAGCAAAGUCCGAAGCAUCCAAAAAAGUGUUAAAGCAAGAAAAUAGAGAAGCUAAAAAUGAUAAGAAACCACCAAUAGAAACAAAGAAUAAUACUGACUCUAACAAGAGUGAUAAGACAUUAAAAUCUCAUAGUUUAUUAGAGACAUCAAACAAAGCAGGUAUUCCUCAAGCUGGAUUAAAAGAUAAGAUUGCUUCUGUUAACAUGCGUUUUGAAAUUUGGUUGAAUGAGAUCAAAAACAAGCCUCUGAGCUUGGACAGGACGAUAGCUCGCAAAAUCAAUGGUGAUAAGUACUGUUUGACAAGAUCUUCUAGUUCACCAAAUCUGCAUUCUGAACUGGAUAUGUCUGAUCAUAGACUCUCAAAAACUCUUUGUCUGAGUGAUCAGUCUUUGGCAAGCCAGAAGUACAUUAACAUAAAUAUUUUUAAGAAAAAACUAUCUGAAAGAAAGAUUAAUUUAAUGAAGAAAAAAUCUAAGAAAUGUCUGCCUGGUGCAAGCUCGUUGAAUGGAAGUAGCGAUGAAAAUGAUACUGGUGGGGGCUCUGAUGAUCAAGAUGGAACAAUGUCACAUGAUGAGUUUGAUGUUCAAUGUCAAGAACUUUGUGACACAGCUUGGAAAUAUAAAAUUUUAGAACAGCAAGUUCGUAAAUUAGAACUGUCCUGGGGAGAACAAAUGGAUUUGUUUGAUAUGGAGCUGAGAACACCGGGCAGAGCUUUGGAAAUGCAUGAAAAAUUGUCAUCUCCUUUUCGCAAAAAGUCACUUUUUGAAUCAAUCCGUUUAUGCAAGGAAAAGCAAGUAAAAGCUCAAGAACAGCGAGAACGUUUACUUGAUGAAAAGGCCCAAAAAUUCAAAAUAAUUGAAAAAAAGCGGCUUGAAAUGAAAGCUCUUAUUGAGGAGAGACAAGAAAAGCAGCGUAUUAUAAUGGAGCAAAAACUUCAAAAAGCUAAUGAAAAGCGUAAGAAAGAACUGCAGAGAAUUAUAAGAAAGGCUCAUGAUGAAGAAGAAAAAGUGAAUGAAAUAGCAUUUAUUAAUUCCUUAGAAGCUCAGAAUAAAAGGCAUGAUCUUAUUUCUAAGGAGAAAGAUCACGAAGCUCGCUUGCAAGAUAUUCAAGAAGAGAGACAAAGGAAGCAAGAGGAAAAAGCUGCAAAAGAAGCGGCUGCAGAGGAGCGACGAAAAAUUUUAGAGGCUGAGAGACUUGCUCGCUUGAAUGAAAUGCAGGAGAAAAGGAAAAUGCGAGACCAUAAAGUUGAACAACUCUUCCUUGUUAAAGAAAAAGAAAGAAUAGAGUUGGCUAAUCAAAAAGCUCGGGAUAGAGAAUUAAGAAAAUCUGCUCUUAAUGCACAGCAGCAAAUUUCAAUAGAAGAGCUUCAAAAGAAAAUACAACUCAAGCAAGAAGAAAGUGCCCGUCGACAUGAAGAGAAUAUGGAACAAAUACGCCAAAAAGCUUUCGAACUCAGCAUAAGAAGAUGUUCUUCUAAUAAUGAUGAUGUGCCUCAACCUGUGCCUUAUGAUACUAAAAAGAUCUGCACCAUUUGCAAUGUUUUGAUUGGUUCAGAGGUGUAUUUGCUUAGUCAUCUGCAUGGAAAGAAACACCAAGAGGCUGUGAAAAAUCAGUAUCAAGGCAAAGACCCAUCUUCAGAAGAAUUGGAACUAUACAAUCUUAAACACAUAGUUGAUGCAUCAACUGAUCAAUUAGAUCCAAACAUCGCUCUAGACAAGGAAAGGCAGAAAGCAUUAAAAAAACGUUGCAAAAAACUCCGUCAGAAAAUGAAUAACCGUGGUCAGGAUUAUGAAUCAGAGUACCUUAAAACAGCUACUCCUGUAAAUUCCAAUGUGAAAACUAAAAUGGAGAGAAUCAUGAAUGAUAUCAAGAAGUUAUUAGCUCAAAAUGAAAAGAAUUCACCCCAAUCAAAUUUAUUUACAUCAAUGGAGAGAUGUUUGAAUGAAAUUGAUUCUCUGCUAAAAAAGAAUCUAUUGAACAAUCGAACAGCGUUUCAAACUGCUGGCGGUGUUACUGCUUUAGUGGAUCUCUAUAAUGUGAUUUCAAAACACCAAACUGAAAACAAUGCAUUUUUGUGUAAAAAAACUAUUAAUCAUCUUAGCAACACCACUGAAUCUCUUAUUGAUAAGUCGCAUGAUCUGUGUAAAUAUAUGCUCUUCAGCAACAAAAUUGGCAGUCUUCUUGAUUUACUUAUAUUUAGAUUGAAUCGUCUAAUUCCUGAUAACAUAAGUCAGCUAAUUGCCAACAGUAUGACAAAAACUGGAGAAAUGAACAUCAAAGUUGAUAUUACUGCUUGGAAACUGAUCCAUCUUUUAACUGGGAUUUUAAUAAACCUGUCAGUGGAAUACAGCUGUUCUAAAGAUGAUGAAAAUAAAGACAAGCCUUCGGACUUCCAAAUUCGGUUGCAAGAUAUGAUAAGUUACAUUGUAAGCAUUGGCAUCAUUGAUAAGCUAUCCCAGUUCUUUAAUAGCAUUCAGAUACCAAUUAGUAAUGAAGAUGAGAUUGCUGCUUUUCUACUUGAAUGCAUUCAUUUCUUGACUACUCUUAUCAAACUCUGUGCUGAUUGCCUCAGUGUAACAUCUGGACAAAAAGUGGAAGAUACAACUCAAUUAGUUGCUACUCUACGAGUAACUAACAUAGUGGGAGUGAUAUCUUUCCUAUAUGGCCUUCUUCUUCAUAAGGGUUCUUCAUCACGUGGUGAGGAUCCCCCAACGCAGCUCUCUAAGCCGAUUGAAAUUCUGGCCCAUUCAGCUAUUCAAAUGUUUAACCACAUGGCUGUGAUGAAUCUCCAAGCUUUCCAAAGUAUUUUGGGCAGUGAAGGACUAUCCCUUCAAUUAAGACACAUUGUGAGCCACUUAUUAUGGUAUUGCAGUCACUUAACCUCUGAAAAACUUCUUCAUGAGAUAAUCAUACUAGUCGGAUACUUCACCAUUCUAAAUUCUGAAAAUCAGUCAAUAAUACAAGCUGGUCAGAGACCGACUGUUCUUCAACAAUUAUGCUGCCUGCCAUUCCUUUAUUUCUGUGAUCCUGAGUUGACUGAUGUACUUUUCCCUAGUUUAAUUGCUUGUUGUUAUAACAAUCCUUCCAAUAAGGAAAUUCUUCAACAAGAAAUGUCAUCGGAACUUCUGUCCAACUAUAUUGAGAUGAAAUACUUAAAUUCUGAGGAUGAUAAGCCAAAGAGCAAAACUUCUGAUAUUGGCUUUAACAGAUACUGGUCUUUUUCUCUGCGAAUUCCAAAAUGCUACUGGCUUCCGGCAAAAAAUUAUUUUGCGAUUGAACAAGAUCAAUAAGUUAGUAAUUUUUCAUGCCAUAAUAGAAAAUCUACUGGGCAUUGUAAAACUCCGCAAUAUAUUUGAACCACUUAAAUAAGCUGCAUAUUUUAUCUUCAUAUAUUUCAAAAUAUUUAUAGUGUUUUUUUUAUCAGUUUGCUUGUUUAAAAUGAAUAAUUUUUUUUAAUAAUGAAAAGCUAUAAUAUUCUCAUUUUAAGAUUUUGUUCCACGUCUUUGUAUGCUAUUCGUUUUGCCUGAAGAAAAAAACUCAGUAACUUUUAUCUGUUUCAUUUAGAUUGUUUCAAAUAUCCAAGGGAUGCCUUGGAAGUUUUUUAAAUUAAUUACUUAACACCUUUUAGAAUUUCUCUGUGUCAAAACCCUGUAAUUUAAAUGUUUGUAACUCCUCAAUCUCUGAGUUUUUAUUAUUGAUAAUUUUAGAGACCAUAUUUUAUUUAAUGUGGUUGUUUUCAUUUUUCAGAAAUGCUAAAAUAAAAUUAUGAUAUGGGCUUAUUAAUAGUUUAAUUUAACAGGUUAAUUUGAAAUUCUUAAACUUUACAAAGUCGCCAACUGAAUUUAGGAAACAAAAUUUCUUUUAAUUUUGAAUAUGAUAUUAAAAAGUACAAAGGCAAUUAGAUCUUUUUUAAUUAUACAUUUGCAUAUUAAAAUAUUUACUAGCAUAGGUUUAAUCAUGGAAAUUUAAGACUAUUCUGUAGCAUAUUGAACACUAUUUUUAUGCUGUUUCUAGCAGUUUUAUUCCAUUGCUAUUUAUUUGAAACAAUCAGUAUUUAUUAAAAAAAAAAGUCUUGAAUCAUGAUAGCAGAAAAUUUUUAUAACGAAAUGAUUUGAUUGGAGUUUUUUGUAACAAUAAUGUGACUAAAUAAACUUGUGUUUGUAACCAAGAUAAAUAAUAAAUGGGAUAAAUAAUUGUUAGUUUACAUUUCCCUACUAUAUUAAUAAAACUUAUAUUGUACCUAUAGAAGUGUCAUACUUCUUUUGUUAUAUCUUUUAUCAUUUGUUUGUAUAUAUAUUUGUUAAUCAGUCUAAAUAACCCUAUUGUUCACAUCACAAUUAAUACCAAUUCAGAAUACUUUUUUGUGCUUUCUAAAUAUAAUUUAUCUUUUAUCAUUUGUUUGCAUAUAUAUAUAUAUUUGUUAAUCAGUCUUAAUAACCCUAUUGUUCACAUCACAUUUAAUACCAAUUCAGAAUACUUUUUUGUGCUUUCUAAAUAUAAUUUAUUUUUAACUGCAGCUCAUAUUAUUCAGAAAGGAAAUAAGAAGUUAAAGUACUUGUUUAAAUUUGAACAUCAUUUAAUAUCUAUUUAAUGUGUGAAAUGCAUUAUUUCAUGCAAAAUAGUUGCAUUUAUCUUCAGUUUGAGAAGCAUUUCUUUUUUCUUUAAAAUGUAGUUCACAUUUAAAACUUAGCUAUAUUCUUGUACAUAUUUAGGCUGCUAUAUGAUAGAAAGCUAGUAACAAGUGUUAUAUUUAUGUAUAAAUGUAGAUGCUUUGAAAGUUUAUUGUAUAUUUUUCUAAAUUAGUGUUCAGAGAUGCCAAUUUGUUUGUGAUCUUUAUACCGAGUGAUACAUGUAGUUUACAAAGUUAUAUUAAAUGUUCUUAAAAAAAAUUGUCUUAUUUU